UUGUACAGUAACAGUAGUGCUACGUUGGAGGAAUUGAGCUCACACCCCGGAAGAAGAUGGGUUUCCUGUUGUGAUGACAAAUAUGGCGGAUCAAUCCCUGUUGGAUUAUCAUGAAAAAGAAACAUGGGAUAAAAUAGCUCAGUGGGACAGGGGACCUGACCCUAUGAUUUCUCUUAGUCAGAGGCAGAGUUAUUCUAUUAUGGAGAUUAAGGCUGCAGUAGAGAAUAUGCCUGUUCCUGCAGAGCUGCCCAUUGAAGAUCUCUGUAGUUUGACAUCUCGUUCCAUUACUGUUCCGCUGAUGCCAUCUGUACCAGAAUCAACAGAGGACAUUCUUCUCAAGGGCUUUAGUACUUUAGGCUUGGAAGAUGAAAGAAUAGAAACAUCACAGCAGUUCUUUUCUUGGUUCUCAAAGCUGCAGAUAAACAUGGAUCAAAAUGAAGGUGCAAAAUACAGAGAAAUGAGAGGAUAUUUGAAUGGCUUCCAGGAGCAGUGUGAUGCUAUACUAAAUGAUGUGAACAUGGCUCUACAGCAUCUGGAGUCACUACAGAAACAGUAUCUCUUUGUAUCAACUAAGACUGGGACCUUACAUGAAGCCUGUGAACAGCUACUGAAAGAGCAGUCCGAACUUGUUGACCUGGCUGAAAGUAUACAGCAGAAGCUUUCAUACUUCAAUGAAUUGGAAACGAUUAACACUAAGUUGAAUUCGCCUACGUUAUCUGUGAAUGGUGAAGGAUUCAUACCAAUGCUUUCUAAACUGGAUGAUUGUAUAGAAUAUGUGUCAUCUCAUCCAAAUUUCAAAGACUAUCCAGUGUAUUUAACCAAGUUUAAGCAAUGCCUUUCAAAAGCUAUGCACCUUAUCAAGCUGCACACUGUGAACACACUGCAGAACCUAGCAAGUCAGCUGCUUAAAAGAGACCCUUCUGUUUUGCCAAAUGCUGAUAAUGCCUUUACUUUAUUUUAUGUGAAGUUCAGAGCUGCUGCUCCAAAAGUCAUGACACUUAUUGAACAAGUUGAAGAAAGAUCUGAAAGAAUACAGGAGUAUCAGCAGCUGUUGAAUGAAAUCCACCAGUGCUACUUGGAUCAGCGGGAACAGUUGUUGAGUCCUAGCAUUGCCUCAACUAUAACAGACUUGAUGAGUCAUAACAACAGAGAUCACUGUGCUUUGGAUGAGAAGAUUAUUGAUGGGUAUGAGAAAAAAGUGCGUGCUUUUGCAACUUUUGAUUCGUCAGGCUCACAUGUUAAUGUUUAUUCUAAUUAUGAAAGUACAAGGAAUGCUUGGUCUGCAGAGUCUUCUUGUGAAGAAAUAUCUGCUUUAAAUUAUUUAGAUUCUUCUAGUGUUCUAGUCACUGCAUUUUGUUUACUUGUGUGUGUAGAUGGCUCAUUUGAUAGUUCUUCCAGGGCUGUGGCCUGUGUUGAGCAAUUGGCUGCAUUUGCUGCUGUCGUAAAACAGAUGCUGGAAGAUGUUCAAGAACGUCUUGUUUACAGAACUCACAUCUAUAUUCAAACAGAUAUCAUAGGAUACAAGCCUGCUCCAGGAGAUUUGGCGUACCCUGACAAACUUGAAAUGAUGGAGCAAAUUGCUCAAAGCUUGAAAGAAGAGCAGAAGAAAUCGGUAUCUGUGGACACAACAUUUUCUGAUGUUCAACUAGAAGAUCCCAAUUCCAAAAGCUUGAUUAAAUCAAGCUCUUCUGAAUCUCUCACUUCUAAAACACAAACUACCAUUUCACCGGCUGAUCUUCAUGGAAUGUGGUACCCUACAGUGAGGAGAACCCUCGUUUGUCUUUCCAAGCUUUACAGAUGUAUAGAUAGAACAGUGUUUCAAGGAUUAUCACAAGAGGCUCUUUCUGCUGCUAUCCAGUCACUUCUAGUAGCUGCAGAUUCAAUCUCAAAGAAAAAGACCCCCAUGGAUGGACAACUCUUUUUAAUCAAGCACUUGUUGAUUCUUCGAGAACAAAUUGCCCCUUUUCAUACCGAUUUCACCAUAAAGGAAAUUUCCCUGGACCUUAAGAAAACUAGAGAUGCAGCUUUUAAAUUUCUAAAUCCUAAAACUGUCAAUCGGUUCUUCAGGUUGAACAGCAACAAUGCACUACUUGAGUUCUUGUUAGAGGGAACCCCAGAAAUAAAAGAGCAUUAUCUUGACUCAAAGAAGGAUGUAGAUCGUCAGCUGAAGUCUGCUUGUGAAGAUUUUAUCCAGCAGCAGACCAAAUUAUUUACAGGACAGCUGGAGGAGUUCACAACAAAGGUCACUGCACUGAAAACUAUGGUUAGUCAAGGUGGGCCGAAGUAUAAUCUUUCACAGCAGCCUUGGGCACAGCCAGCAAAGAUCAGUGAUUUACUGUCUUCCACAUACAAGACCAUAAAGACAAAGCUGCCAAUGACAUUAAGGAGUAUGUCAUUGUACUUGGCAAACAAAGACACCGAGUUCAUUCUCUUUAAACCAGUCAGGAACAAUAUUCAGCAGAUGUUCCAGAGGAUCCACAUCAUGUUACAGGAGGAAUUCAGCAGUGAAGAUCUGCAGAUUAUAGCUUGCCCAUCUAUGGAUCAGGUGAACUUGUUAUUGUCUGUGUCUAAAUAGCUUCCAGGUCACAGUGAGCUGUGCUAGUUUAAUAAAGCUGUUUUGGACAAAGAGAAAGGACAUUGCUGGUAUGAAAAGCAGAUGGACUUUAGAUAAUUGGCACAUUUGCACACAGACAUACUGGGUAGAGCGUAUCCCUCCAGACUGCAUCCUGUCCUCCAGUUUCUUCAUCUUCAGUGUCAAGAAGAAUGUAUAAUACUAACUAUAGAAAAAAAUCAGAGUUCUCUCUCUCUCUCUGUCCUCUGUGUUUGUUUAAGCCUUUUGCCAAAGACAUUUCCAUGUGGUCAAGGCCAUAGUUUUACAAAUCUACAGGAACACAUUCUCUCUUCAUUUGAAAGCUUUGAAACUAAUUUUCAUUAAGUCAGCUGCACUUUGGUAUAAAUUCAGCAUGUUAAAGUGUGUGUUCUAAGUCAAGAGGCUGUAAUAACAAGUUCAUGUUCUGCUGCCAUUCUAAAUGAAGGGAAAGGUUAAGUACACCUACCGUGAAUGAGGGCAGAGAUAUUGACAUCAAUAUGUAUGUUUUAACAUCCAUGUGUAUUUUUAGUUGAAACUUGAGCUGCUCUUUUUUGUCAAAUGCUCAGAGACCAGGGUUAAGCUGUGCAUAAAUUCUGCCCUUAUUUGCCUUCAGAAGCCCUUUGGUUAUUCCCAGAAGUGUGUUUUUAAUAGAUUUGCUUCCUUUGGGCAUAAUAAUUUGUUACUAAAAGCCCCAGGCCUUUUUCUAACAUAAUAAAUGACCCCCAUGGAAGCAAUAUAGAUAUUGUAGCCAUUGUUGCACACGACAUCUUUCAGUAUGCAUUGCUCUCCUUUUGAACAAAACGGCAUCCAUAUCUUCAGCUGUAACAGAAGGACUGUAAAUAUUAAUUUUUAGACAAGUAUUGUGGCAGUAGUAUGUGUUUAACCAUACAGUAUUAUCUAAUUAAGUCAGCCAAGCAAACUUAAGCAAGGCUUUGACUUCCUUUCUCCACGUAGAUGCAUCUCUUUCUUUUGCUACAGAGCAGCACAUUAACUGAAGCAUGCAUAUCACUAGGUAUGUAUUUUUAAGCAUUAAUGAACUUUGCCUAUACCACAGCCAGGUAGAUGAAAACUUGAAGUCCAAAAGAAGCACAGGUCAAAGUCUUGUGUCUUGUCACUGGUGCUUUUCAAUGUACCCUUGCUACAGACUGCCAGAUCUGCUUCAGGUGCUUUAAUGUCUUCCUUGCCAGAAAAGCCUGGCAAUACUCUGGCAAAUUAAGAUUUAAAAAUGAGUAGUGGGUGAGGUGGGGAGCCUGAAACAGUUUAUUUUUAUAUGACUCAUUUACUUUCAGACACCUGCAGUAAAUAGAAGAAACACUUUUAUAGUGUUUUCUUAUGACAAGUAGUCUGUCCUUAAUGUACAAGAUUUUUUUCAUGUUAAACAUAUUUUAAAGAGCUUUAAGAGUAUCACAUGAUCCUGAGAAAUUUUGAUGAGAGGUGUCUGAUUAUCAAGUUGCCUGCUUUGAUUUACAAUAUCUGUACAGCUUGCAUUUGUAGAAAGACAGGAACAUAAUCAACUCUACCUUUCACCUGCUUCCCUUCAUUUAGGCCAUUGAAAUACUUUUUUUUUCUGAAGCUAGCUGAUAAGCAGGAACGGUAUCUGUUUGGGAAAGCUACAUUUCUAGACAGGUCCAGGACUGAUUAUGGUUGUAUGAGGUGAAAAAGAUUGUGAAUGGAGGACAAACAAUCAGUGGAUGAGACUAGGGCCUUUCUGCCAACACGUUUCCUUUCUUUUUUUUUUUUUGUAGAACUUGAGCAUUUUUCUUCACUACUUAUUUUGCUGUUGCUGUAGUCAUUGAAAAAACAGCUGAGAGUCUUGUUUAUGGCACUGCCUCAGUGAUCAGUAUUCAGACUGCGACUGCUCAGUACACCACACAUAUGCUGGUUGCAGAAGAGCCGUUAUCAAUGGCCAUAGCUUAAGUAGCCUGGUGGAGAUGGUUUACACUGGAGAUGUUGUGAAGAAUCAGGGACAAAGCCAGCCACAAUAUGAAGAAGGCUUAACAUGUUUUCUGUUUUCCUGUAGGUGGUGUUUAUUCUAAAGUUUACCUAAAACCUGCAGUUAUUUUGUGAGGAUGCCAUAGAAAUGCUGUUGCAUGAAACUUAGUGACUGAGUAGUACUGCUGCUGAUCUCAGGACCAAGGAACUGUGUGCCUUUAUUGUUAACCGCCAACUGCCUGAAUGAGAAGUAGAGCUGAGUAGAUGAAACCACAGUUUAAUAUCAUCUGAAGCCCCCCUUACCUAGUGUUGUAUUGCAUUAUCACAUAUGACUGUUUUUUUAUGUGAUAUGAAGUUAGAACCAACCAGUUUUAAAUGUUAUCUGUUCUGAUUUUGACAAUGCUAAUCUCAUAGCUUUCCUUAAAAUGAAAAAUGAAGCUUUAGAUUUUACUGCUAAAAAGGUUCUUGCAGCAUGUAACAGUGAGAUAAUGUAUGUAUGCUCUCCCCCAUGUUAUCAUGACUGAUUUUCUCAGUGAUGAUGCAUUGGGAGACUGCCUUACAGUGCCAUCAGGCAUGCAGUGUAUCUGCACAUCAUAUAAAGCUGGUGGCUCUCUCAUAUUGCUCCCAUUUUUUCCUGCUUUUGGUUUCUGCAGAAGGUGUGGAUGUACUUUAGGUGGCUCUCUGCAGUGAGUGGAACACUUGGGUUCCUGCUUCAUGGGCUUUCCCUUACUGCCUUUCUUAAAAUCAUUUAUGUUUGCCCUCCUUACUUUUCUUAAAAUCUUUUUUCAUACACCUUUGUUAACUUCAUAUAUUACACAAAGUCAUGGGUACACACACAGUUAUAAAAAGCAAGCAAAUUACAUAGAUGCUUCCUUUUCAUGCAUUAUGCAUGCAUGGUUUAUUUCUUAAUUAUUAUUCAAGUUAACAUUACUUAGAUUGCUCAAGUCCAGCUUUCUUUGAAAUUUCACUUCUGAACAUUAUUUUGCAUGCAGUGUUCCCACAGAUUCCAUUUCUUUCUAUCUAGUUUGUUCCUUCUCUUUUCACCUUUCUUAAUAUCAUAAGGUUCCAUGUAAGGUAAUAUAUAGUGUGUGUGUGUGUGUGUGUGUGUGUGUGUCUGUGUAAGGAUUGGAAGUCUUUCAGGAAUGCAUGUACUGUUGCCCAGGUUUCAUUGAUAGCUGAUAUUUCUAAAUAAUCAUAAAGAGAGAAAACAGAACAAUAAUGCUUGCUUACAGCUCACUGUAGAGUGUCCUGAAGGUUUGGGAUAUGCCUGAUGCAUUUGACAGACCAUAACAGUACUACUAUGAAUGUAACUUUCUUUUUCUUUCUUCAGACAGUCUCUUCAUUGUUAGUUUAUUUCCCUGAUUUUUGUUGUUUUGCUGGACUCUUCUGAUUUCUCACAGAGCCUCACAGUUAGGAGGGGCAUGCUGUUGGCUGUUUUAGAUGGAGUACGCUUACCCCACUAUUCCCAUUUCUUUCCAGCUUCUCACUGUACUCGCUUCCUCCUUAUAGUUCAUUGUAGGAAAGCACCUGUAUUCACUGCUUAAAAUUGACCUUUCAGAUUUUUUUAUGGUUAGUGAUUUCUCAGUCAUGACUAUCACAGUCAUUGCAUCUGUAGCAUGGAGCAGGUAGUGUCCCUUUUGUCCCCAAUGCCAGGACUUCAGGAUUCUAAAUUUGGGCAAAACUCAAGACCAGCCGUAUCUGUCAGUGCUUGGUUAUGGUGGAAUCCACUUUUCAUAAGGUCGGAAGAGAAAGCUGUGCUACAGACAUUAGAGGCCUGAUAGACCAGUGUAGGCUAAGGAUGCAGAGACCAAUCAUAGUAUCUUUAGGCCUGACUCCUCCUAUAAAGCACAUCACAUUUCUGGUGACUCCUCCUGUAAAGCACAUCACAUUUCUGGUGGCCUCAGAACCAUACAUCAUUUUCAUAUUCUGUAAUGAGAGGAUUCUUCAUAACUUUGGCAACUUGGACUUUGAACAGUGUGACUUCCCUAACAAUCUGCCUUGGUGGCAAGUUCAAAGCAAAAAUGUGACCAUUCACUUCUCCCAAUAUGAGUUAUUUGAGGCAUUUAUGACGUCAGGGGACUUGGAACCUGUAUCAUUAGCAUCUCAGCACUAGGUUUGGGUUUGGCCACAUGGUGUUGACUUCCAUCACUUCCUUCAAAUAUUGCAGCACUCUGUGGAUUUUCAGACUCCACACACUUCUUUCCUUCUUUAUUUUGCUUGGGCCCACUCAUUUUCUGGUUCUCCAGAUGAAUAUUGAAGGAUUGCUUAUUACUUGGUGGGGAAAUGCCAUUUAGGUGCAGAAACAUCAUUCAUUUCCUACUGAUACCAGUUGUUGCUUGGGACCUAGCUCCCCCUCUCUAACCAGCACUUUUAUGUUGGGUAUGCCUCACUUCCAGUAUAUACCCAAAUAAGUAAAUACCCAUCCAUCUUUAGCGUCUAUUUUUUUGUCUCUGAACUUUUUGAAGUUCAUUCCAAGGUAUUUGGCCUUUUGCCAAGUUCUUCAUGAUGGGGAGUUUCUGUCCCUCCCCUUCUGAAACUUUAGCUUCUCUCUCCAGAUAUGGGGUAGGGAGGUGUUUUCCAGUUAUGCAAGUACCUCUUCUAAAUAAUUUUCAUUUAGAGAAGUAGUGUGGAUCUUAAAGUCUACUCUACAAUGGGAUUCUUUUCUUUCAUGAUGUAUCUGACUUUCUGCUUGAUUAUCCACUCAUGUGGAGAGUGUCUUCAGAAAUGCUGUUUUUCACACCAAAAUGUAUCUGCAAUUGGAUUGCUGUUAUCUUAAGAACACUCACCAGCUUUAUCUCUUCCAGUACAUUGUUGAUAUUUUAGAUAAGCACCCUAAGCAGGAUUCUUUUGUGAUUUCCUCAUGUUGGGUUUGGGCCAUAGAGGCCUCAGCACUUCCACCAUCUUUAGCCAUGGGGAGCCUAAGGCUGUGGGCAGGUGUGGCAAAUUAAUUUAUUUUUUGCCAUUAGGUCAUUAAACUGUUUGUUCCAUUUAUCCCAUUUCUGAUCCUUUCUUGUGGAGUGGCAAUUACAGAAGGUGGCUGUUGUGUUUGAAACUUUGGAGAAGCAUGCUGUGAAGUAGUGCAGUCUAAUCACAAGCUCUGAAACUUGAUUUUUUUAUUCCAGCUGAUACUGCCUUCUCUGGCAUGUUUUCUUUGAGUGGCUUGAUUGUGUCUUUUUUUUUUUUUAUGAAGAGUUGACUGGUAAUAUAUUGGAUUAUGGGGAUUUCAGAAUGAGAAAUGUGGUACUUUCUACACUGAAGAAUAUUUAUACCCUCUCAGAUAGUCCACAAGCCAGCAAUCUUAGAAGAAACCUCCUUAUGGGCAGCAAAAGGUGGUAAGGAUUUAGACUAACCUUUUAUUGCACCCACCCUCCAAGUUCCAAAUGUGAGCUGUAGGUGCUAGUUUCAUCUUUUAGAAGUUUUGACUGUUUUUUUUUUCCUGAUUCAGAGCUGUUGAUGUGAAGGUGAUGCUCUAGAUUUAUGCUAGCCUGAAAGUCCUUCAGUCUAGAUGCCUUGGUUUGAAUGUCAUUCUUUUGGGGUUGUUCUUCAAGUUGAUGCUGCUGUUUGCCCAGUCUUCAUUUAUAAAAUCAGGUAGUGAUGGAAAAGCAAAUUUUUUUAAAGAAACUUAUGGACUGUGUGUCCCAGUGAAAGAAGAGAAAAUACUCUGGCCCGGGCAUUUCCUCAUGUCUGGGAUGUUGAAAGGGUGAUUCUUGAUCUUAGCAUUUUCAACAGAUACUUGAGGUUUCAUAUGGUGAGUGUUAAGGUAGGAGGGGUGAAUGAGCAUGAUGUUGUUCUUAUAUGUGGUGGAUAUUUACCAGCACUUAAAGAUUUGGAAAUUGCAUAGGAGAUUUGUCAAAUACUGUGCUAAACCCCUGAACAUUUUCUGUACUGGUCUUUUGGUCUUUCCAUUCCCAGCAUUUUUAUCAAGUAUUUUGACAUGAUUGCAGAGGUGUUAUCAGCUCCAGGAAGUCUUUUUUUGAACAGCUUAGUUCUGGUGGCUCUGUAAGAUGAAGUGUUGCUGUAAGUUCUGUACUGGAACCAGUGCUUGGAGAUCUGAGUUUAAAGGCCCUCUGCAGAUGGCUAAUUCUUUCUUGUGGUAUCCACAUCUCAACAAUGUUUUUGAAGUCUGUGACACCCACACCUAGGCGCAUGGGCUUCUCUUGCUUAUGUAUGUCAAGAAAUUUGAUAGACUGGAAGGACUUGUUCAGCUCAUGCACGCUGUAUUUAUUUUCUGGUGCUCGUACACUUUGGAUGCUGAUUCUAAAAUGCAUUAUCAGAUAGUUCAUGUGUUCAUUAUUUAAAAAGUAUAAACCAUCAAGUGUCCCUGUAGUCAUCAAAUCUCCAACCACAGUUUGUAACAGCACACACUGCAUUACAUUGGAAAGUUACACAGUUGUAAGCACUUUAACCUAGCCAGCUGAAACAGAGGGUAUGAGAAGCUGAAGACUGGCUUUAACUUCUCGCAUGACAGCAACUUUGGAGCUUGGCAAUUACUGAAGUUGGCAAGGAGGUCCUUUGGUCAUGAGCUAUAGUUGGACUGAGGGGAGAAAGUAAAUCAUUUUGAGGUCCAGCAUCAGCCAAAGCUUCCUCUUUCAAAGACCUUCCUUGUAUUGGCUUACAGCUGCUCACAUUUUCCUGUGCUUUUAACUAGUGAGGGACCAGGUUUAUAUUAAUCACAAACUAGUGAUGGACCAGGUUGGUAUUAAUCACAGAUUAACAUAGCUGACAAAGGUAGGAGAGGCCCCCCCCACCCAAUUAUAGCCAUCUUUGGAGACGAGUCUAAUGGUUGCAACACUGCUAAAACUCGGUCCAGUUUAUGGCGCAGCAUUGUGACUAGCUUAGUGAGCACAGUUUGACAUCAGUGCAAGCACCAGGGCAGUCUUUGGUUUGUACCAUCCCGUUCCUCAUAGUAAAAUUCAAAGAACUAAGAUAAUACAUUCUGAUUGUCCAAUAUAGCCAGGAAAUGUGUUUUUCCAGGCUGUCAAGUCUCUAGCAAUAGUGUACCCUGUCACAGUACAAAGAAAGUGGUACUCAGUUGUGGUGACAUCUGUCUCCAGUACAUUCUCUGCUCCAGCUAAAUCCCUAUUCAAAAGUACUCCGAGGUGACUGAAGCUGCCAGAAAGUGUUCUACUUGUCAGAUGUACAUUGCUAAUUGGCAGAGGCUCUCCAUUUCAGCAGAGCGAUGUCUUACAUUGCUUCAGGUGGUUAAUUUCCAAAUUGUUCUGACAUAUAUUAAGUACAUUUAAAUCAGGUCUUAGUUAUUCCAUGAUGUGGGUGCAUAUUUCUGGCAUUUUGUGCACAUUAUAACCUUCUGGAGGGCAGAACUGUGGUACCAGCAGCAGCAGCUGGUUAAACAGUUUUUUUAAAGAGGUUUUGCAUUUUCACUCGUAUUUGAAAAGCCCUUUUCUCCUUGGAACUUAAAAUUCUUGAGUGAUAGGCUUACCCAUCCUUCAGCCAAAGUAGUUGAUUCAUUAGCUUUGAUAUUUGUCUUUUGGAAGAGGUUGUUCUUUGUAGCAGCUACCACUGCCUACAGGGUCUCUAAGCUGCAGGCUUUUCUGUGUUGGAAACCAUAUUUGGUCUUUCACAGAGACUGGAUUUCCCAUACACCUAACCUACAGUUCUUUUUGAAAGUAGUUUAAGGUCUGCUGUUAAACCAUGCCAUUCAACUUCCUUUUUUCCUCUCUGUAAGGGGAAAGAAUCCAGGCAGAGAGAGAGAGAGACCUUUAUACCUUGGAGGUACAUCACUAUCUCAGGUUUUGCCUGGAAGACAAGUCUAAGAAUGUAUACCAGCUAUGGGGGUGUGCAGUGUCUAUAUCAAUCAUAUCUAAGAAGGUUGGUAGCUGUCUUGUCUUUAAACAUCGUCUGACACACUGCUCAUUUGAAAAUGCUGAUGUAAAAGGCUACUUAACCAUUGUUGUGACUGCUUGUAUUGCUUGUUUCAAUAAUUUCUUCAUUAUAGACAUUUGUUCCAUGGCUACUUGGUUGUUGGUUUAUUCCUUCUUCAGGAAUUAUUACUUGGACCUUGAUUCCAAGACUUGGUCCUCCUUUGGUACCUUUCUGCCUUAUGACUUGGUCUACUGACUUCUUACCUUUUCUUCUUCCACCAUCUCCAUUCUUAUGAGUGGCUUAAUUUGCAUUGCUUAGGAUUCUUCCCACUCGUUUCCCACUUUUGUGGACAUUGAUUCAGAUAUAUCAGCUGAACUGUGGGAAGAAGACCUUCUGCAGUGAAUAUUUAUUGCACUUACUCCAUCCCCGCCAGAUGAAAUUUCUUGCAAGUCAUGCAAGUAUAUUAAUUUUAUAUUCUUUCUUUUAUUUUUUAUCUUUGUUAUCCUUGCUCAUUGUAUGUGAUCAAACUGUAGAGCAUAAGGGUUUAAUAUUCCCUCCUAGUCUAACCCAAGCCAGGAGACAUGCUGGUGUACCUUUGGUGUACAAGCUAGAAAAAUUUCUGAAAGGAGUCAAGCUGGAGAUAUUUAAAGCAGAAAUCUUGGUGCUUAUGCACUGCAAGAUGGCCUUUUCAUGGAUAAUUGAUAUGGUAAGAAAGUACGUGUUACCUUCCAUCUAUUGCAUCUAUAAAAAGAGAUGUUGAAUGGUGGUUGAUUUUGUCCACUCACAAUCUGGCCAUUCAACACACCUCUUAAUGACCAGUCCCUCACACUCAGAUCGGAGAGCUAAUUUUAGAGUCAUUAGCAGUUCAGAAACAGUUUGUUGCACUUGUUUAUUUAUACACUAUUUUUAAGGAAGUAAUAGCAGUGUUGUUGGUGAAACCAUUCAAGGUUUUUCUUUUACGGAGGAUUCUACUAGUAGUCACAAGCAACGUGACAGUCACACUGUACAUAAUUUAUAAGCAGGGUGGUACAGUCAUACCAGCUUUGUGAAUUAGCUGUGCACUUUUGAGAUCUGAUAUUGUCCAGUGGAUCUUUAUUCAGUGGCUGUGCAUUAGACAGGAAAAGGCAGUGUGUUGGCAGAUAGCAUAAUAUGAGGUGUUCAUUUAGAUCUUGCAUGGUAUAUUUGUCCCCAGGCUUUUGAAGAACUGACAUUCAUGGGAAUCCACACUUAAGACCUUUUUGCAUCCAUGGAAAUAUUCAGAUUCUUCAGGUUCUAGAACAGGCAUUAAAACACUUUAACAAGGCCAUGGCAGGAAGUUCUUUAUGCAUAUGAGUCAGAAUAUCCUUCUGAAAUCAUUGAAGAGAAGAUACUCUGGUGAUUUUUCAUUAUUCUUUCAUCGUGACAAGCCCUACAUAGCACCUCUUUCCUUUUUCUUACUUUGCUUUUCAUCAUCUUUAGGUAUUAGCCCUUGAUUCAUACUUGCCCUGGUUCUACUCCCAGGGGUGGAAUAAAAAUCAGGAUUCACCACACCAUAACAAGUGUUAUGCCUUCUGCUGUGUACUCAUAGAGCAGUGAAAAAGACUGUAACAUAUCUUGUAGCUAGAAGUGUCAGUAGAAACGCCUGCAAAUAAAAGAGGUUGACGAAGCUGAAAUGACGUCUUAGAAAUUAUCUACCAAUAAAAUAGUCAAAAGUGUAUGUACCUGCUUUCUGAACCUGGUGGUACCCUUUGCAAGAGCUGGCUAAGUACGUUUUUAAAUGAUUAUUUUUGUAUAUCUGUGCAAAGUUGUAACAGGAGGAUGAGAAGGAAAAAUGUAUGGUUUUGUGAAACUUUAGUAUUUCUUACAGGGUUAGUCACUUUUAUAUACUGUGAUUUGUUUUAUUGGACAGUAGUCUGUGGAACAAAUUUAACUGUCCUAUUUAAAUUUAUUGCGAAGAAUUGAAGGUUUAAAAGAUGCACUGUAUCUGUGAUGAAUGCUUAAGAAAGUUUUGUGAAGUAGUUGUUUUAGUCGCAUUUUAAACUGUGUUUGGAUAUUCCAUGGUGUUAUGUUAUGUUGUGUAGCUUAGUGUUUUUUGUUGGGAAACGUUUGUAAUGUUUUAGGAAGGUUUGGACUGUUGUAAAGUUUAAAAGGUAGCACUUUGACAUGAAAGUAAUCAACUGAAAUUUCCCUAGGCUUGUGCACUUAUUGGGUCCACAGCAGGAAAGGAAUUUUACCAUUUACUUGCAUAUUUAUACAUGUUUCACAUGGCAGACUUUUAGGGUAAAGAAAAUGAACAUGGGACCUACGACGAUUAAUAUUUCACAUCAGUCUUUGAAACACAGUAGGAUAAAGCCCCAGAAGUGACCAAUAUGACUCAGAUUUGAUUAGAUCGUAUGAGAGUUGGAGGGAGCAAGGUGGGAGGAUGCAAGUGAAUGGCAUAUGGCUUGCCUGUUUUGGUGGUGGUGGUGGUGGUGUGGGUGGCUUGCCUUGCCCCUUUGAUGACACCCAGUGGGAGUUCAGGGUGAUGUAGCCUGCAGAUUCCAGGCCAAAAGGAUGCCUUUCCAUGGUAUAGAUGAUUUUUGUUACAGUCAUGCAAGGAAGGUCAUAUGCUCCUCCAGCAAAGAUGGGAAAAGCUAGCAUUCCUUAGAAACUGCCAGAGGUGUAAGGAGAUCAUGAGGCUAGGGUAGGAGACCAUAUUCUCUGUCUGGAUGACAGACUUGUUAUCACCUCCUGCCUUACUGGGGAACUCACCCCCAUAAAAGAAAAAUGGGUUAUAUAGGUCGUGGGUCUUAUGGCCAGCAGGCAGAGGGGUUAAAAAUUUUGUUAAUUUUUUUAUUACUUUCUGUGCUUGGGAAUAGUAUAUUCAAAGGCAUUUGCAGUUUCUAAGUAAGGGGAUUUUUCUGCACUAAAUGAUUUUGUGAGAAAGGCUGAUAAGCUAUUCUUUGAAUCCUGCUACUACAUUUUUUUUGCUUUGUUUUUUGUAUUUUAAUUAAAAAUGCUGGUUUUCUGCAAAGUUCGCAAAGGUGCAUGUAGAAGAGGACCAGUUUCUAUUGCAGCCAUGUUUUAAAUGUGAUGAAGGUGAGAAUGAGAUAGCUAAAAUUCAUGGGGUUUGCAAGUUAAAACCCUACUGCUGUAAAACCUUUGAUUAAAUUCUUUCACUUGCCCAUUUAUCUAUUAAACUCUUAAACAUUGUGAGUCUAGUAGCUUGCCUGAGCUCCAUUGUUGGAGUAUUCCACAGACAUCUGCCUGUAACAGAAGAGCUUUUGGCAGUGUCAGCUGGAUGAUGAAGCCCUUCCCCUCAAAAGGUAUUCAUUUUCAAAUGUUACAGUUAGUGCCUGAUCUGUUUUGUGAUUACCAGCAAUGUCUGAAGUGAAACAAGGGCUUUAUGAGUUAAUGGAGCCUCUGCUUUUGCCCUUGUUUUCCUCCCCCACCUCCUCAUUUUCAAAAUGCCUGUAAUAUUUUUUAUAAAAAACCUGAAGUAUUAAAGUUUUUCUAAGUAUUUAGAGUUUAUUGGAUGCAGUCUCCUAGGACAACUUCAUGUUACAACAAAUGGAAUUUUAACAGCUAAGACUACUAGUCUAGACUUGAGGCAUUUUUCAACUAAGACAUUAUUAUAUAAUAAGCAUGUAUGGAAAUAAUAUUUUACAUUAUAAUAUAUGGCUAGGUCUUAAAUACAAAAGGGAGAACAGGUUGUACUUUUCAGUUUGGAAAGGAUGCCAAGUUCACGUAGAUCUUGGUUAACAUAACCUGUGACUAAUCUUCUUUGGCUCUGAAAUCUUUAAAUAUUUUUAUCUUCAUCUUGAAAUAUCAAUCAGACAUUAUAUAGCAAGCUUCUAACAUGCUGAAUAUUUUUUGCCUUUUUUUGAGAAGGUGAUUUGCAUAAAAGCUGCAGGUUUAUUAAAUACAGUAAGAAUAUUGUCCUUUUUACAUUCAGAUGUACUUAAGCUGCAUCUUUUUCACUGUUCAGGUCUGUGGCUUCAGAAAGGAUGGUUAGAAGGUAGACUUGGUUUGGUGACACCCCUUACUUUGGAAGGGUUUUGAGCAAGGUUAGACUUCUGCCAAUGUCUCUAAAUUUCCUUUUUGACCACAAACCUUUUGAGUAUAUUCAAGAGUUAAGUAAUCUAAAGGAAACUGUAACAUGAUAUAUAACUGCACAUUGAGAUCUUGCUUCUGGGGUGAGAGUUAGAAGGCAGCCUUUUUAUAAUAAUAUUUUCAGAGAAUAUGUCCUUCUGUAUACAGCCUUUACAUUCACACCUUACAGAAAGAGAAUAGGUGGUGGGCAGACUAGUUAGGGGAAACUGAAGAAUCAGUAGCAGAACAGAAUUGACCCCUCAGAUUGAGGAUAUUCUCCAAUUAAAUGACUCAUUGCUUCCUUCAACACCACUGGUGUAGGGUAGCAUUUGUUCUACAGACAGCUCAAUGAUUUAGAGGUGAUAAAGUCUUAAAUAUGUCCCAGGCAAUGAGGAUUCUGUUACUGGCCUGGGUAGUGUAGGUUCCAGAUUGAGAUGUGUGGGAAUGAGCAGCUGAGAUUAAUUUAUAAAUUCUGUGAGAGGAAGUUUGUUCAAAUUCCACCAUAGGAGCACCAUUGAACAGGGACUAGAAGGUAUGAUCCUGACCAGGGACUGCCUGCAUUCCCGAUGACCUUCAUGAUUGUAUAGAUGUGUGCACUCAGAAGCAGCUUUGCAUAGCCAGGCAUUACACUGCUUUUGCUGGUCAGCAGGAUAAAGGUUGCUGAGAGUACGAGAAAACUCCUAACCUCCUUGCCUGAUGAUGUCACUAUUCCCAGCUCGUGUUCUUUCCUCCUGAUGGUUUCGAACAUCAGGAUCAGGGAGGAACUAAUGAACCAGCUUAGGGACAUGGCUGGAUAAUCACAGGGGUGUAUAAGAACCAGGAAAGGAGAUUAAAAUAGUGGUUAUUCUCUUUUCUCAAUAGCUGUUUCACCAAUCCUAGUACUGGCUGGGGCAGAAUUCUGGUACUUCUGCAAAAAAUGGAAAGUUAUUUCCCAGGAUUUGUUAUUGGUUUGACUGCUGUGUAAUGGGUACAAAACUGAUUUUUUUUUUUAUAUAUGUUCCUGUCUCAUUCUUUGCCAGGAGUAUCGACCUCUACAAAGGACCAUGAAAGCCCCCCUUUUAGAGGACAUUUUAGCAAAAAGACUUACAAGAAAGUUUUCUUUUAUCAUUUAAGCAUCAGAUUGUUCUUGUUUCUUUCAGCAUGACGGAAGAUAAGACUGGGACAAGCUCUUUGGAGUUCAAACGUUCAGGAUAUUUACCCUUCUCUUAUAAUUCUAUAGACACUGGAUGGCAGCAUUAAAGUCAAUGUAAACUUUAUUGUCAUGCAAAUCAACACAGAGGAAAAAGUGCGUAUCACUGCACAAACUUUCAAUACUUAGGCUCGUGCCAUAUGAAUGACAGUUUGCAGAAGGAAGAUAGAUUAAGUUAAUUAAAAAAAAUAAUUAAAUAAAAAUAAAUAAAACCUAAGAUACAAAAAAAGUAAGCUAAAGUAAAAUAAAUGUGAAAGCUUUAUGUACAUCAGAAAUACAAGAAAUACAACAGCAGGAAUAGACUCAGCAGAAAUAUAAGGAUAUGCAAAAAACAGUACUAUAAUAAAUAAGAGAGGCAUACAUGUAAACUUACCACCAAUGUAUACCAUAAACUUACAGUUGAGUUUCCAAAUACCGAUAGAGAUGUAUGAAGUGAGCCAUUUCAGAGAUUUUAUGUAAAUAACGACAUACUCACAAAAAUAUUUUACCCAUGCAGCACGUUAGGCCGUGGUUUUGUUAUUCAGCAGUCUGAUAGCAUGUGAAAAGAAGGUAUUUUGGAAUCUGGAUGUCCUGCAUCUAAUGCUUCUGUAGCACUUCCUUAUUGGCAGGAGUCUGAACAGUCUAUGAGCCAGAUCCUUGUUGGUAGGAGUUUGAACAUUACAUUUAAAAUAUACCUUUUGACACAUUUUAUUUUUUUUCUACUACAGUGGAGGCUACUCACCCUUUAAUGUGCUGGGUUUACUACUAGUUUGCUGUUCACGCUUCUGACCUAGCCAUAGAUACAAUAGUUUUAAUGAAUAGCUUGCCAUCAGUCAUUGUGGUUUUCAAGUUCAUUGCCACCUGCACAGCAGUUCAAUUCAGUGCUAUGCUUACAUAUUUAAGCAUGUUAAUCAUGCUACUCAGUGCAUUAUACUCUGUGGUGCAUUUAAACUGAACUGUAUUGAUUGGUAUCCACCUUUGAAGUACACCACAGUGGUAGAAGCACAGCACCAGGGCAAGUAGUACACUGGCGUGGUGCUAACAAAGAGCAUUGAGAAGCUGUGGAUAUGGGUGACUUAAAUGGUAUUCAUAUACACCCUUCUCUAGAUGACUGUCUAGUCCAUGCUUGUUCAAAAGAAGAAAUGAAGGACUUAAUGUUUUUGUUCCUUUUCUAGGAUCCUCAGAUCUCACAAUAAACAAGAUAAAGAAAAAUCAGACUUAACAGCAUCUCAGCAGAAGCAAUUUGUUCAGAUCAGUACUGGUCAUUGCCUCUUGUCCAACGAGUAUUGGGCAACUCUAUCUUCUUAGUAAGGGUCUUACUUUCAAUACUGGAUUAAUUGGUAGUGUGUAUUUUAAUAGUUCAAAAUAUAAAAAAAUUACAUGAAAGCAUGUCGGCAUUAUCUCAAAAAUCUUUUGAAUCAGAUACCCCAAUCUUUGGAAAAAGAAUCUCCUCUGAACCCUUCUGUGUGCAAGAAAUCAAGUUAGUGAGAAGAGAUUAUUGAAAAAAAUUUGGGGGUGUCUUUUGACUUAUUGCAUCAUUUACAUCUUUUCACAGUGCAUGCUUCAGACUCGGAGUGCCCGUUUGAAUUCAGUCAAGGUUUAGGGUGCAUACAGAUACAGAAUAUAUUCUUGUUGCUCUUAGAUGUCAGUUCCAGAGGUUAGAUUAUCUCAGACAAUGCAAUCAUAGUGUGGUACAUAAAUAUAGAGGUACUCACUCCUGUCAGCUUUUUAGUCUAGCAGUAAAUAUUUGGGACCUGAUGUCUCUGAAUGUUUGCCUUAUGUUGACUCGUGUUCCUGAGGAGCGCAGUACUUUGUUUUUUGCCUUAAUCUUGUAGUUCAGUUAGACAGGGUAAUCUGUUUAUAGAUCAAUUUGCUUCUUCACAAAUUUCAUAACUUAUCUGUUCUUUAAGAACCAUUCAGGAUGGGAUGGUUUUCACUGAAAAUGGAAAAGGGGUUAUUAUAUGAUUUUUUUUAAUGAUCCAUCAGGUUCAGAGAGUACUGUUGUAAUCUGUUGAGAGAAAGCUGAAUGGUUUUGGUAGGCCUGGUUUAUCUUUUACAUCUGUGAUUUCCCCAUCUCCAUUAAUGAGUGUUUGGGUAUCUGCUUUUGAUUGUCAAGGAUGCUCUCCUCUCUCAGCUGAAAGGGAAAGUCCUCCACCAAAUAUACACUGUCCUCUUCUUGCCGCCUGGAGGUUGGGGUUUUGAUUCCUAAUUAUUCAGAAUUUUCUGAGGAAGUGAGGUGGAUAUUACAUGAGAAAACCAACUACUAGAAAGUCCUGUCAGGGAGACAUUCCCAGGAGUUUGUCCAAGGGUGCCACAUCCCACCCCCACAAACUUGCAAGGUAAAUUGCCACUGAUUUUAAACUUUGUAUUUCAUCUUUUUGAGCAGCACUUAGUUUAUUCUUCAUUUAAAGUUUAUUGCAUAGCACAUCAUGUAUGCCUCCCAGGGACUCUCCAUUCUUCCCCUUGCCAAAAUUUAUUAAAGGGUAUCUUGUAUAAGGCCCCUUUGAAGGAAUCUUCCUCUUCCUGAUGAUCUAUUGAUUUGGAGUGCUUUGUAUAGCAUCAUUUUUGAAAUGGUGUACUUGGUACCUCUGGAGUUCCUACCUUUGAGACUAUUUUGUUUGCUAAAUGUUAAGAGUACAUGAACUUCAAACAUUUAGCUUCAGAGCAUUAUACAGGUUUUUAUAAAUUCAGAGUUUUGCUUUUCUUUAAUGUCUCCUUUAUGCCAAAGGUUAGGGUGGACAUUACUGUUAAUCAGAAAAUCUAGCUUGUUAUUUUCUACCAAUGUCUUCAAAACUUGACUGAGAAUUUUAUGGACUGAGUAGGUCAUGUUUCUGCUGUGAAACCAUUCAGAAAGUGGUACCAGUUUAUUUUACUGAGAACAAGUUAUAUACAUCCCUUUCUAAGCAAAAUGAUGCAAGUUGACUUUGCAAAUGCAUUAUAUUCUAUUAAGACUGCAAACCAGGCAUUUCUGAGCAAGUUAACUGAUCAUCUGUUAGCUGCCUCACCAGCCUGUAGUCUCUGUGCUUCUGAUGUUUGUGAGGCCACAACAUAAUCAUCACUUAACUUUAUGAAGCCUUAUAUUGUGGGUAUGUUUUCCAGAGCCAGAAGGGAUAUAUUGCUGCUGUGGUUGUUGUUGUUUGUCUUUCGGCUUUUCCCGGUUAGGGGUCGUAACAGCGGAACUCCGGUCCGCUAAUGAUUAGCAGUAGAUUUUCAUGAACACCGAGGUGCCA